AAUUAAUGGUAAAAAUUUAAGUUAUUUUCAUUGCUUACAUGUGAUGGAGGAACAGAGAUAUCACAGCUAAUUCACUGUCGCCUGAACAUUCCCAAUAUUGGAUACAGGGCCUACAUUUGAUUUGGGAUACAGUGCCUGUUUAAUAAUAAACACUGUUCUUGUAACAUGAAUAUCACUGGCAGAACUGUUAUUUGUUGUAAAGUCAUAAUUGUUCACUGAACUGAAUCACUUGCUUGGCCAUUUUCAAAGGAUAAUUAAAAGCCAAUGGACAUUGUUUGAUCGCAAGUCACGAGACCAAACCGAAUAGGUUAGAUUUCCUUCUCUGCAAUAUCUAGUUCCAUUCAUUGUGUCUUAUGGAGGCAAUACAUUUUUAAAACAAAAUUAAACUUUCAAACUCUCCUCUCUGCCACUGUUGCAGAACCCUCUGUGAGAUAGUUGAGAAAUUAUACGAGCAAGAUUUGGUUUUAGUGUUCCCAGUGUGUCGGAGAUUCGCCUUUAAAAAAAGAGAGCGAAGAAGAAGUUGCAUUGUGGGAGUUGAAGUCCAGAUGAACAUUUAAGGACUUCAACUCACAUAAUACAUUGGCAAAGGAAUGCGCUUUAAACCAAAGAUCAUAGAGCGGAAGCCGAAUUUAAAUGGCCGAGUUUAAAAGUGACCUGGGAGAUAAGAAAAUGUACCUUUGGAACAGUGGCAAUUAAGCUAUCUCUAUAGUUUUGAUAUGGAAUAUAAACUGAUUUCCCUGUUUAGGAAGAAGUUUGAAGAUUCAAGGACAUAAUUUCUCUUAUUUCAAAAUAACACCAUUGGAACAAAUUGCUGGGCAACGGUGAAGAGCGGCAACAUGUUUUACUUUGCGUACAGCGUGUCUCUCCUCUUGGGUCUAAUUUGUGUAAUCAUCGUGAUUACUUGGAAUACAUGUUAUCGAGGAGGUUUUGCUUGGGAUGGAACAGGAAAGAUGUUUAACUGGCACCCUCUUUGCAUGGUGUCUUGGUUUGUGCUCUAUGGCAAUGCCAUUCUUGUGUACAGGUUGCCCUUUACGUGGUCGAGCAACAAGAUAACCCUAAAGUUGGUACAUGCUGCCCUGAAUCUUGGUGCACUGAUUCUCGCAGUUAUUGGGUUGUUGGCAGUAUUUGGAUUCCACAAUAAGAUGCAUAUUCCCAAUUUGUAUUCCUUACACAGCUGGGUGGGAUUUGCAACAGUCAUCCUCUUUAGCUUGCAGUGGCUCCUGGGAUUCCUGUCCUUUUUGUUGCCCUGUGCUCCGCUCUGGGUCCGAGCUGCAUACAAAGAUGUACAUGUCUUCUUUGGAAUUUGUUUCUUAGCUAUGACUAUUGCUGCUUGUCUCUCGGGAAUCAAUGAAAAAAUAUUUUUUGUGCUCAAUGCUGCCAACUCGUCUACACCAUAUAUGAAGCUUCCACCUGAGGCAUAUUUGGCCAAUACUUUGGGAGUUUUACUGCUGUGUUUCUCCCUGACUGUGGCCUGGAUGCUCUGUAACUGUGAAUGGAAGCGACCAAGCGCCCGCACAUCCAUCCUCAAUGAUGCCAUAGAGCCACUUCUGGGUGAAAUAUGAAUAAUGAAGAUACUGGCAAUUUUCUGGAAACAGUAAAAAGAGUCUUUCUUGUGAGGCGUACAACUGUUAUGCCUUUCUAUUGAAUUAGAUUUCCCAAGAUUUCUUGGGCUCGGAUUAUUGAGUUGAGCACGUUGGCAUCGACACAUUUUGCUAUUUAAAAAUAUCAACAAGACAAAGUUGUGGUCAUUGCCAAGCUGAUAAUUUAUUUGAAAGGGAACUUUAAUUUAUAACUGGGAGAGAGAAGGGCAGAACUCCUUUUCUAAAAAACCCAUUAGGUUGCCAUUUGUAGACUUGCAGAAAUGUUAAACAAAAAAGAUUGUGAUCAGGCAAACAGAAUAAAUGGAUUCUUGAUCCACUGUCCCCAUUUGAGGCCAUAAACUUUAAGUUAAGGUGAAUUGAAUUAUUACUUACAAGUCACAAGUUUUCAGUUUUUUUCUCCCCAUAAUCAUUUUAAUUUUUUUAAUUAAAUAUUGCGUGCUACUGUUUUAUAAUCAAAGUUAAUUUCUAUUGCUAAUGUGGAAAGAGCACUUUCCAAAAUUAAUUAUUUUUAUAAUUUUAGAAUCAAUUCUGUAAUCUACCUUAUUUCCUAAAGAUUUUUGAAUGAAGUAACGUGUUGUGUUUGACUUUGGAAUUGGAUUUGUAUUCAGAUCAGAGUGUCAGCCCAAAAGUGUAGCCAACAUAAGUUGUCACUUGUAGAUCUUAAAAUGAUAAAAUGUCCAGAAAUCGUUAUUGUUUCUACACCUUAGCAAUAAAUUCCGCAUUGCACUUCACUAUUUAGUUGCAAAAUGCAGGCACAGCUUUUGUUGGAAGUAGGUAUCAGAUGGUGAGGAAAGACUUUUGGGCAGUAUGUCCAAACGUUUUUUUAAUAGAAAGGAGGUCAUUUUAUGUUUAUUUUAAAUGUUUGUGAUUGAUCCAUUUGUCAAAUUAAAUGAAUGUAUAUAAAUGGAUAAAGGAGUUAUCAAUGUAUGUUGCUGUGUUGGUGACCGGCAAUGAAAAUUAUAAACAUUUACUUAAAAUAUAUUGAAUCUUUUCGUUUAAUGUCUGUGUCAGAAAAUCUUGCUAUUGAACUAGUAAGGUAAAGAUUCAAAAGCUGUCAAGUUCAGUUGUAGAGACAACAGCGGAUGUGCAAUUAUUGAAUAUAUUGAGAAGAUUAUAGAUUAAAUUGCAUCUACAGCAGAAGUAGGUAACGGUGCUAUUUUGGUACGAUCCAUUCUUAGAAAAUGAAAAUAACUUAACCUGGCAAGAUAGUUGACCACAGGCCCAAGACUUUCAGACAGAUCAUGGCAGUCUUGGAUGAUUUUCUUGCUCUGAUUUGUCACUUUACCAUUACACAAUUAACACACACCUGCUGAAAAGAAUAAUUGCACAAUACCUUUGGCUUUGUGAUUUAAUAUUUGUAGCUUCCUCAUCCAAGCACUCACCAUAUCAUAUCAUAUCAUAUCCUUAUAACUAUAAAACUCUGAUUUUG